AUGGCCCCACCAAGCAUUAUACUCUACGACGCCCCUAAUGCUGCCCCCGAGGCCUGGGCCCCUAACAUGUGGCGUGUCCGGUUCAUACUCAACUACAAGCGACUUCCUUAUCGCACUGUCUGGGUCGAGUUCCACGACGUCGAGCGCGUCUUGCGUAGCGUCAAUGCUCCCCAUACCGCCAUCGCACGCGACGGGCGCCCAAUCUACACUCUGCCCGCCUUAGUGGACCCGUCCCGUUCACCUCACAACCCCGUCAUCCUCACGAAUCCGAACACGAUCGCGGAAUACCUCGAGGUCACAUAUCCGGCUCGUCCCGUAUACCCGCCGGGCUCUCGAGCACUGCAGUCGAUCUUCGUACAGUACCUGAUGGACGUCGUCUUACAGCCACUGCUGCCGAUCAUGGUGCCUCUUACCUACUCCCGUCUUCCGGCGCACGUCCGCCAGCACUUCCGAGGUGGCCCUUCCAUUCCAUCUGGCCCUCACCGCGCGCAAGCUUGGGAGGCCACGCGCGUGCGCUUCGAUCAGUUCGCCGCGAUGUUGGAGAAGAACAACAUGGGCGAUGGCGAUGGUGUCGUCGCUAUGGGUCGCGAAUUGACCUAUGCCGACUUCGUGCUGGCAUCCGUACUCAUGUGGAUCAACCGCGUCUCUCCGGACGAUGGGUGGAUUCAAGUCUGCCAGUGGAGCGGUGGUCGGUGGGCUCGGCUGUGGGAGCGCUGUACACCUUACAUGAACGUGCUUUGA